AUGGCCAAAUUUAGCAUCACGAGGUGCCUGUGGGCCCUUUGCGCAAUAUUCUCAUGCUGCAUUUGGGGUAUUAACGCAAUCGAGUGCGAUUUCGGAAAUCCAUUUUGGUUACUCGGUAGGAAUGCCCUGGUUGGAUGCCACAUGGAUAUGGAUAUUAUGAAGACUGAAACUGUGAUAUGCCCACGCCGAGUCGACGGAAGCGAGUAUAUGUGGCAUCCUCAACGGAUGUCGGGUGAUAACGCUCAGGUCAACGCGUAUGUGAGUAGUAAUGGCAAGCUGAGUUCGGCUGCGCAUUCGGAUGUGAUGCUCUCCGAAUCCAAUAAUCCCCUAUUCUGGAUAGAAUCCAACCAGCUGCAAACGGAAUUGCAUGUCAACUUACCAUCUCACGGAUAUUUUGCUAUUAAUGAGCGCCGUUUGAUAUUCAUCUGUGGUCCCAGAGACUUGGUUCUGAGCGAUACGCUGCAAGGUCACCUGGGCCGUCUCGACGCCUCCAUAGAAAUGCAAACUUUUCCUUGGGCUCCAUCCACUCCAUUGACUCAGGAGAUAGCCAAGAUAGGGAGUGGUUUAGGUGUACUCUUCCUAAACAGAGGACGUCUACAUAUGCCACUUCAAGGAUGUGGUGGCCGCCCCUCACCACUGUUCUCUCCGGACAAUGAGGUGACAGUGGAUCCCGUCACUGGCACUCGUUCAUGCGUGGUAGAUCCUAUGUCGGAAUCACCAAUAGGGUUUCUUUGUGAAGGGAGGGUUGAACCUAAGGAGUGUAUGAAGUCCCUCAUUGAAGAGAGUGGCAGAAUUAUAACCGCUCCCCCGCCUCACUCGUAUUGGGAUAUACAAAACGAUGGACAUUUGGUAGUAGCCAAGUAUUUUGACCAAUUGGCAUUACCACCAAUCAGUGGAAAAUGCAGAUGCAUAGAUCCAGAAACCGGUCAGGUGAAGGCCAAGAUUGAGAUCCGUUCGAAAACCGACUACGUUUGUGACAUUUCCAGCAUGAUCGAACGCAACAGCUCGCAGCCCAUCGGUGGCCCUUGGUGUUCAGUGGUUCUCCAACCGGGCAGCACCUUGACCAUACGGUUCCCAGCAGAAGAUGUGGGUACGGAGCCCUCCGAAAAAGAUUCACCACCUGGCAUGCCCCCUCAAAAGCGACCUAAAUAUGUAUUCGAUACUGGAUUUAUGCCGAAGGAUUUAGCUACGCUUAGACAAUUGGCAAGUGUCUAUGGCUUUGACAUCUAUGACCAGAUCUCGUACCAUGAUGCCCUAGUUGGUGAUGCCCUUGAGCUGGAUGUUUCUCAAAUGCAUCGUGGAGAAGUAAAACUAAAGUACCAUUCAGGCAAACCCCUCGCGCUACGAAGCGGAUUAAACUCGUUUCAUUAUCACUGGACUUUUAUAUCUGGAGACAAGAAUGUUGCAAAGACGAUACGCGCCAUGGUGGAACUAUCGUUUGCGUUUACCCACCCGUACCACGUCCCUGGCUGCGAUCGAGGGACACAAGGUGUGUUUGAUCCCCAAACUAACGGGUCAUACUGUUCAACCAUAUCUAUGGGAAAUGAUAUAUGGAAUACGUAUGAAUGCGUGUAUGACGUGCAGCAAGUCCGUCUAGCUGGUAUUCACUGCGGACCAGACGAGGAGCUGUUUCCAGCCAACUGUGAGUCCAAAGUAUAUGACCUCUACUCCAAUAAGAUCAUUGCAAGACCUGAAUCUAUAAAAACCGCCACGCUCAUACCCAUUCAAGGAUUUCAGCUGUUCGAGUUGGUCCCACCAAAAACCUCUCCGCUAAUCAAGAUAGGCAUGGAAAGUACCCCUCAUAGUUACGCUUGCUUCUGUGUUGACCAACGUGGAUAUGAAACUUCUAGGCUUAUUUUAGGGCAUACAAACCAUAUGCUUCGCCGCUACAUAACACGCAACAUAGAUAGGACUCUUAUUGUCGCUCGCAUGCUUUAUACGUUAUGGAAGACGGCCGAUCUUAUACUUGAAGAAUCCACGCCAACAAGAUUGAUUAUGGCACCGAAAACAUGGAAAAAUUCAGUUUCAUUGGAAGUUGGUAAACGGUUGACACUUGGUUGUCUAUUGGGCGCGUAUGACAGAGCAGUUUAUGAAGGUCUAAUGCCAAAUUUGGGGUGGCCAUCAACCACAUGGCUGCCAAAGCAGCCCGACAUAUUCUAUUAUGCCAUAAAUCAGACAUUGCACGGUGAUCACCUUGUUCCUAAGAGAUAUAAAGAUGCAAUUGCCGCUGCUCCGGGUGGUUUUAAAGUUUUUUUUAAGGACCUCGUAUCAACACAACGACAUCAACGUUUGAUAAUCGAAUCUCGUAGCGACUCCAUUGUUGUAUCUAAGGACCCACUGCACAAUCAAUACGUGCCCAUGACAUUUGUCUGCGGCAAAGAGCUCGAACCGGCGGAUGUGUCUAUCAUCGCUGGUCAGGUUCCUACAUCGCCAACCACCCAUAUCGUACGGUCCUCGGUAGAAUACUCGUGGGAUGUAGUUCAAGUUAAUGUCGAGACCACGGAUCCGUACAUGCAAGGCUGCGGCGUUACAUACGAGUCCACUGACCUAUUCAAGCCUGAGACGCCUCAACUCUACGACGGUGAUGGGCAGUCUCAGUUCGGUUGUAAUAUUGACCUUAAUGCUGCCAAGGAGGCGGCGUUCUACUGCCCAGCGCCGUACGUCCUGGACCCACCCAACUGCUUCAGCCAAGUAUUAGUAGACGGCGAAGUCACGAACAUAGGUGAGCUCAGCAAGUCGUUGGUGGCAUCUCGAUCUAACCACUUUGUCAUCCUGAGCUUCGACAGUUCACUCGUCGGAGUCGGAGAAACGCUGCGCCAGGCGCCGCCGUUGGAAUGCCGCUGCGUCACCGUCAAAGGGAUCGUUCUCUCCACCAUCCAGAUUGAGAACUAUUACUCAAACUGA